AUGCCAGGAUUACUCCUUGAUGGACAUACAAAAGAAGAUGCCUAUGUAUACGUGUAUAGGACUUGUGACUUGGAAAAGGUUUAUAGACGCUAUCGAGACUUACUAUUUGGGGGUCACAAUGGCCAGGUCCGCUACUACACACAUGGCUUCCUACGAGAUGUUUGCGAGAUGACUCUAGUUCCGCCCCAUAGGUCAAAGGCCUUCAACUCUGGUCUAUACUUUCUGCAGUGGUAUGGUUCGCACAAGGAGAUCCUUGAUGCUGCAAAGAACUAUGCGUUCCAUCACCCAGACCUUCUUGAACUAGCAAUCGAUAAGGACCUAUGGGAGGCGAAUGCAAGGAGCGCAAAGGUUACCCACGCGAGGGCUUAUAAGGACCUUGUCCGCUCCUAUCUGGAGAGUAAGGGGCGUGCACUAACGGCAAUGGAGAGCUCGCUGGAUAUGUCUUUUGGCGUCCGUUUCGAGAGCCGCAUAACGUGGGCUCUUGCCCUUGAGGUGAAGCGCCAGGCGGCUAUGAGGCCAGUAGGAGGCGCUACUGUGGGGGGGGUUGUGCCUAGCUCUUCGUCUUACGUCUGGACACUCCCGACAAAGACGUUCGUUGACUUUAUAUGUGGGAAUAUCAAUAAGAUUACUACUGCUAUUGAGCUAGGCAUACUGUCUAGCCCAGCCUCUGGACUUACAAAGGACCGAUCGAACGUGUUAUACAUCUUGCUACUUUCGUUACGGGCAUUUUCUAAUGCCCACCUUCCGAGCCAGCCGCUGCUAUGGAGGGAUGAAGAUAAAGCAGAUAGGAUGGGAAUGGGUAUGGAAAGGACUGUUAAAGAGUGCGGUUAUGGUUGGUUCUUAGACCACAUCCAGUGGGACUCCUUCUGGUUAAAAGACGAGAUUGCGAGCAAGGUUCCUACGUUUGGGGCUACUUACAUCCGGAUGUAUCAUAACUCGCGUAGCAAUAUCCAUUGUUCCACAGACGCCCUUGAGAUGUAUUCUAGCUUACUCCGGACGGUUUCUAUGGAUGCCGUCAAGGCUACUAUUCUUCUGGGGUUGAUUAGUCACGUCUGCUUUCGCCAGUUUCGCCAUGAUGUCCGGAAAACAUUAAAGAAGGACCUCCUGAACCCUGACGAUGUAAAGGACGACAACUCGCUCAAAUUUAGCUGGGAAGACGACAAGUAUGCUACAAACCCAUCUUAUACCUUUAAUAGGAAGAAUUUCGAUAAACUUCCAUUCCGGGUAAUGUAUAAAAGGUCGAAGAAGCUCGUCCAGGAGUGCAGCCUAGAUUCUAGAUCAUACGAAGUGUACUUCAAGAGGCUGUUCUUCGAGAACCACUUUGUAGUUCCUGCCCCAAGCACAUCAGGCACUCUUGGUUCUGUGGCCAAAGAUAAGUCGCGCCGCUGGUUUAGCAUUAUCAAUCCGAAUACAGACGACCCGGUUUGGGGUGCGGAUGAUUUCGUGCCAGGAUAUCCUCCACCUUGCCCAGACCAGCUCGAUCUCGAUCGAGAGGCCCUAAUAGCUCUUGAACGAUCAAGAGCAGAUGAUCGAGCUUCAAGAUAA